CCCAGGAGAAGUUCUUACUUCUACCUUUUAUCCUUGUUCCUCAAAUAAGGAGUCUGGAGGAUAAUGGUGACAGAUCUGAAGAACUAAAGGCUUGUAAGAGGUUGAAGAAUCCACUGCUACCAGGGAAUCACACUUUGUACAACUUCAUAGGAGGACUUAAACCACAUAUAAAGGCAAUUGUAAUGACCUCCAAGCCUGAGCUCUUAUCACAAACCACUAAAUGUGAGGGGAUUCUUUGGAAUCAGGAAGAAACUGAGCAUGUUAUUAAAGGAAAAGGAAGGAUUCCUAAGCUAGUGUUUAAUACUUAUCAAGCCUUGCCACCUACCCGUACUGUGGAUGCUAUCAAGACUGUACUUGCAGUAAGUCAGCCCAAGUCUAUGCCAAAUACAAAGGGAUUACACUAUUAUUUUGAGAAACCCUUUGAGAGGGAACACAUGAGUAUUGAGAGGGUGAAUCAACUAUUUGUAGUGGAGGAAGCUAGAGAUACUGACUUAGAGGAAAAGCUAAUACACUCUGAUUUAGGUUAUCAAUUGGAGAGGGACAACCCUUCCAUUUUAGUAAAUGCUUCCACUGAAUCAAAGGAAGAAUUGUUGCACCCCGGUUCAGACUGCCAACUGGAGGUUACUUCCUCAUGGAGGGUUGACCAAGGUAGUCCACAAAUAGAUGCUUCACCUUACAAGUACCCAAUCAAGAAAAGGGAAAAGAUUGAACAAUCGACUAUGAUGUUAUAUGUUAGUGUAGUGCAAAAUAGCUGCAACCCUAAUGACUCUCUAGUGGUGUUAGUGGGGAAGCUACCAAAGCAAAGGGCGAGGAUACUAAUAGUAGAAAUUGUAGAUAGGAUGAAUGGGUACACUCAUUAUAUCGCUCUAACUCACCCUUAUACUGCGGUAGAGGCGGCCCAAUAUUACCUCGCAAUUCACGGGGUUGACUUGCAAAGGACUUUCUCCUAUCAUUCACAACUAAAUGGAUUAAAUGAAGUGCUUAGCGACGUAGAAACUGUAAGGGAGUGGCCAGUCCCCACCAAAGAGAAAGAGUUAGUACGAGUGGUACAUGAUGAUCUGCUGCAAACAACAAAAGUUGCAGGAUGUUAUGGGCAGCUGCCAGUACACAUCCUAAAUGCCGGGCCAGUAAAAUGGGAAUGUAGUAAGAUGAGAAUGGAGUUUAUAGACAGAGGCAGUAGUCAAGUUCUAAGGGAAAUGAGUAAAGUUACAGUACCACAAGUGUCACUUCCUAUAGUUCAAGGGCUGUUGGAGGUACUUACUGACUCUAGCAAGAUAGGAGCUGUAAAGGGAUGGCAAAACCCCACCAAUGAGAAGGAAUUAUUGACUUUAGCAAUGGUACUUGCUGGGCGGUGGUGUACUCAUUUCAUGAAACUGAAUCACCCUUAUACUGCUGUGGAAGUAGCUCAAUGUUACCUUGCAAUUCAUGAGAGGGAAGGUCGCGGGAGAGAGGAAAUUGCGAUUUGGAUCGCUGGACCGCCGGCGAUUGGUACUCCGUAUUAUCCGACUUGGUGCGACGUUCUAGGGCAUCUGGAUCGCCGGCGAAUUGCGAAUUGGAGCGCCGCACCACACCGAUUUGGAUCGCCGUACCGGUGGCGAUCGGUUCGCCGGCGACUUGCAAUCCGGUACGAUUCGUACCAAUUCGGAAAUCGCGGCUAGGUCAUUUCUAAAGUGGGAAAGGUGGUCUACAAGCUUCAUCUUCCACCCAAAUUUAAGACUCACUCUCAGCCUAAAGCUAAUAAGAAGAUUUCCGAAAAGAGCAAACACAGAAGGGGUGCCGUUCUAGUGAGUUGGCAAGAAAUUCCAUAUGAAGAAACAAGGGAGUGGUCU